CCUGUUGGCUGUGGAGCCAUGGACUCGCAGGUCUAUGUGAUCAGCAAGCUGUGGCAUGUUGCUAAUGCUGGUAAGCCAGCAUAAUGUGUGGAACGGGUAUCCCUCCUCUUAAGCCCGGCCUGACAGGCCAGAUGGAGGACGACCUGACCGUCUGCCAGCGUAAAUCCUCCUCCAGCCGGCCGCCGAGUAAAUCCAGCGCACGACAGAGACCUUGUAUUACUCUUGAUGUUCCAGUGAAGGCUCUGUUUCAGCAGCACAUCGGAAACUGAGGCUCUAAACAGAGCGCAGGACUUGUCACAGAGCUCUGGAUUUGGACACCUGUGCUGUCUUGCUGUUGGGCUUCUGUUUUCUCCUCAUCUGUCAGGAUGGCUUGGUUUGUUUUUCCUUUUGACAACCUAGUGUGCAUGUGUCUUGGCAUCUCCAUUACUGUCUGGUUCACUCUUCUGCUGGUCUUCAUAAUUGUGCCAGCUAUUCUUGGAGUCUCUUUUGGUAUCCGCCGACUCUACAUGAAGACACUUCUUGUGAUAUUUGAGUGGGCGACUUUGCGAAUGGAGAGGGGAGCAAAAGAAAAGAAUCAUCAUCUCUAUAAGCCAUAUAGCAAUGGCAUCAUAGCCAAAGAACCAUCAUCUUUGGAGCAGGAGAUCCACGAGCUUCGGGGCUCUGCCAACAGUCUGCGCUCAGAACCCGAGUUUGAGAUGGCUGACAUCUUCUACUUUUGCCGGAGAGGAGUGGAGAGCAUUGUUGAUGACGAGGUGACCAAACGCUUUUCAGCCCAGGAGCUGGAGAGCUGGAACCUGCUGACUCGGAGCAACUACAACUUCCGUCAUAUCAGUGUGAGACUCAGUGCUCUCUGGGGCCUGGGAGUUCUCAUCCGCUAUGGCUUCCUGCUGCCUCUCAGGCUUACUUUGGCAGUGACUGGCGUUGGUCUGCUCCUUGUCCUAACUACUAUGGUGGGCUUUUUACCAAAUGGAGAGUUAAGAACUUACCUGAGUGAGAAGGUUCAUCUAAUAUGUUACCGCAUUUGUGUUAGAGCCCUCACAGCCAUCAUUACCUAUCACAACAGAGAGAACAAACCAAAGAAUGGCGGGAUAUGUGUGGCCAAUCACACAACUCCCAUUGAUGUCAUCAUAUUGGCCAAUGAUGGCUGCUAUUCCAUGGUUGGCCAAGUGCAUGGCGGCUUGAUGGGUAUAAUUCAGAGAGCCAUGGUUAAAUCUUCUCCCCACAUUUGGUUUGAAAGAUCAGAAGUCAAAGACAGACACCAUGUGGCCAAAAGGCUUGGUGAUCAUGUAGCUGACAAAACCAAACAGCCCAUCCUCAUCUUCCCUGAGGGUACUUGCAUCAAUAACACAUCAGUGAUGAUGUUCAAGAAGGGCAGCUUUGAAAUUGGCUGCACUGUCUACCCAGUUGCAAUCAAGCAGUAUGAUCCUCGGUUUGGGGAUGCAUUCUGGAACAGCAGCAAGUUUGGCAUUGUGAACUACCUGCUGAGGAUGAUGAGCAGCUGGGCCAUUGUCUGCAGCGUUUGGUACCUGCCACCUAUGAACAGAGAGGAAGGGGAAGAUGCGGUGCAGUUUGCCAACAGAGUGAAGGCAGCCAUAGCUGCACAAGGAGGGUUAGUGGAUCUCCUCUGGGAUGGAGGACUGAAACGUGCAAAGGUGAAAGAUGCUUUCAAAGAAGAGCAGCAGAAGCUUUAUAGCAAAGUCCUAGUCGGGGACCAGGACCAGGACGACCUCAGUGAAGACACUCUUGUACCAGAUGAAAGAAUAAAUGAGGAUGACAUCGACACAGAUUCUGUCAAGGGACUAUGCAUACAGUGUGAACCUACACCAGAGCAUAUUGUUCUUACACAUGAAAGCGUAAGUGAAGAGUGACACAUUUAUUUGUAUGCCAGGGAGCUGUCAUAGAAAGAAAUUGUAUUUGUUACUCAUGUAAAUGCGACAUUGUCAUCAGGCUUUGAGCCAGACUGUUCACCCUGCGCUGUACUGUGCACACUGAAUUUUCAUGUUAUGUUUUAUAUUUUCAUAUUUAUCUCUUUUUAAUUGCAUAUUUAUGUACAUUGUGUAUGUUCUGAAAAUAGGAGAAAGGUUACACCUAAAAAGGUUAAAUCAGAGCAGUGCACACAGCCUGCACAGAUGUACGGACGUUAAAUUAAGGUCAGUGUCUGUUCUUUCUUAAUGUUCAACUUUAUAUACCAGAAGCCCUGUUAUGUUAGGCUGAACUUUUUAUUACCCUUUGAGUUUGUUGUAAAUAAAACAUGCUUGUUUG